CUCAGUGUCGCCGAGGCGUUCGACGCAUCAGGAACUGCCGGCGGAUAAGCGCGCGCUCUGUCACGUGACCGCGUUGUUUUGUUUCGGCAUCGCGAUCAGUAUCGUCCGAGGCACGUGGAUAAUCCCGCGAAGACAAAAGGGGACUCCGGUUCGCGUGGGUGAUCCGGAAUUCCAAGUUUUUUGUGACGUCGUCGGCGGAAAGGAAGGGAAAGGAAAGGCGAGGAACGGAACCAGGAAGAUCUUAUCGACAUCGGCGUUGUUGUUACAAGUGCGCAAUAAAAAGGCCGCGGCGAACCGUGAAACGUGCGUGCACCACGCGACAACCUUAUGUAAAAUGACCGACUGUUAGUAUGGGUUACGUAACUCGAGUCGCGGCAUGAAUUUCUAAAAUCAAACGCAUUCGCUAACCUGCUGACGCUCCUCGCUCUGCAUUCUUUGAUUUGCAACGCGUGCUGUGCACAUUGAUAAAGACCGGCAUAGCGAGACGCUGUGUUAUAACUGAUUGCUGUUACUGUUGGUGUUCGUGCUGUUUGGUGACAAUCAGUGAGAAUCAGAGAGCGUCAAGUCCUCGCGGUUCUUUUUUUUUCUUGCACUUGAACUUACAGCUAUAACCACGGACUUUUUGCCGGCCGGUUUCAACGCCAACUUCGACAUCUUCCGUUACAUCUCCACUUCACGAAUUUACCAAACUACUUGGCACUUUAUGGAAGCGAUGGCUCCGAGGUAACGAAAGUCGAUUGAACUCGGCGGAAGAAGAAAGGAAGUCGAGGAUUUCUCGCAGAUCGUUGGUUCGCAGCUUUUUUCGCGUGUAUAUGUUAAUAAAUAAAGAAAAAUGGCCAAAGGUGCUGAACGACUUCCGGGCACCUCGUCCAGGAUCAGAACGAGGGACGAUGGAUGCUGCUCUGUAAAUUUCCUCAAAUACGUUCUUCACAUAUACAACGUGGUUCUAUUUCUUUCCGGCCUUGCGGUUGGAGGCAUCGGCAUUUGGACCGUCGUAUCGAAGCACAGCUACAUAUCUCUACUCUCUACAUCCACUUAUCCGAUAUUGGCCUACGCUCUGAUCGCUGCCGGUGGUUUGGCCAUUAUUGCUAGCUGGCUCGGGUGCGGCGGCGUUACAUCGGAGAACAGAUGCAUUCUGAUUGUGUAUAUAUUCGUCGUGAUGGCCGUGCUGGUGCUGGAAGCCGGCGUUGGAGCGAUAUCGCGACUCUACGAGGAGCAAGUCGAUCCGGAGAUGAGAAUGAACCUGAAUCGAACCUUCCUCGAAACUUAUUCCAUAAGAUCCAGAGAAACCGCCGCCAUUGAUGCAAUGCAGAAGGAGUUCAAAUGCUGCGGAGCGAUGCGAUUUGAAGAUUGGCUGUACAGCGAGUGGAGAAAAGAUAAACAGGUGAUUUCAAAUCGAAGCCUUGUACCAGACAGCUGUUGCAAGACGCCGUCUCUUUUGUGCGGUCGAAGGGAUCAUCCAUCCAACAUUCAGUACACGGGUUGCAUAUACAAAUUCCUCGAGACGACGAAGGAUCACCUCAUCAUUUUGGGGGCCGUUGGUCUUGGCCUUUCGGUCCUCGAGUUGUUCGGCAUAAUCCUUGGUUCUUGUCUCUACAUCAAGCUGAGGCACGAUUUUGACGACUGAGAUUCGAUGUUCGGGGUUAAUUAUUAUAAUUAUGACAACGGUAACGCUGGCUCGUGCAGGUGGAUUUCUGAUAUUGUAUUACCUGAUGGAGACGAUCGAAUCUGAAUAUUUUGUAUCAUACUAUAUACGUAAUAUGGUAGUAUGUAGGUAUUUAAAUUUCAUAUAUUAUUAUAGGUAUAUAUUUUUUUCAUAAUGUUUCGAAGGAAACAAGU